AGCAAGGAGCAGAACAAUCAAUCUUUGUUAUUCGACCCGACCCAAGUUUUUCUGUGCGCAAGCUGCUCUUGUCGGUUACUCAUGGAACGUUGGAGUGGAAUAUUGAAGGUUCCUCUGUUUCCGGGUAGUAGAGGUCACUACAAAGUUGCAGCAUCUCUUUGUAUCUCAACCUCUUCUCGAAACCCAACUGUACCUUUAAUGAAUGCUAUAUUCUUCAAUGGUGACAGAGUUAGAGGGACUGGGAAUCCAGUGAUCGAAAGACUAUCGGAUCUUGAAUCGAUUGCUACAAUUAUUGUUUCGAAACUUGGCAAUAAUGUUAAUGCUUGGGUUAUUGAAGCUUCUAAGUUUAAUGGACCUUUUGCUGUUUAUAAGGACUUCAUCCCAUCAGUAAACGAAUGGGGUGAACCAAAAUCAUACGACUCAACUGGAUAUCCAGCAUCUACAUCCAUCGUUUCACUGCUGUCAAACUGUCUCAAUGAGGUUAAAAAUACCCUUUCGAGUAGACUUGAGGAACCAUGUGGUGGUGAAGCUCCUGGUUCAAGUUUUUUUUGGCCGAAAACAUUGCUGUUUGGGUUUAGCAAGGGGGGCAGUGUUCUUAACCAGAUAGUUACCGAGCUUGCUUUUUCUGAGGUCAAAUCAAAUGUAGUUUUCUCCCAAGUUGAGCAUGAUAUUCUUCCGACUUCUAAGGAAAGCCUGUUAAACAGUAUAACUGAAAUCCAUUAUGUGGAUGUUGGAUUAAACUCUGCUGGAGCAUAUAUUACUGACCAAGACAUAAUUAAUAGGAUCCGUAAGCGUAUUUCUGAAGGAGACUCAGGAAUACGUUUUGUGCUUCAUGGAACGCCUAGGCAGUGGUGUGAUAGCAUGAGGGUUUGGAUUGGGAAGGAAAAGGACACGAUGGUCCAUUUGCUUGAUGCCGAGUCUCAAAAGAGUGGAGGAACAUUAAGUGUUUGUGAAAGGUUUUAUUUUGCUAACAAGCCAGCUAAUAUGCAGAUGCAUUUUGAAGUAAUCGAAAGCAUGGAUAUCACCUGAGUACUAUAUCUACUUACUAGAAUGCAUAUUUUUAUUAGUGUUACUAUUGUGGAUUAGUUACUUGACAUGUUGAAAAAAGUUGAAGAUAGAUAAGUUAUUUGUAAAUAUGCUCAUAAACGUGAUUCCAAAUCUGAUGUUUUGGACAAACUUGAGGUACUUUGAGGCUUUUCUGAUGUGAUGUGAUCUUCUGAUCUUUCUAGUCUUGGUUUUUAGCCAUGGAAGGUUAUAAAAUGCCUUACUAAGUCUAUUAAAUGCGCUAAAGUUAUGAACCAUUGAUUUUGUCUAGGUAGGAGCAUAUGGAACAUAAAGAAUAUGGAGUUAUGGAGAUGCCAUUGCCAUAUGACAUUCUACAUCCCAACCAAUUACAUAACUACAAAAGAGGUGGCGCCACAUGGUGGAAGAUGUCCUUCUAAAGAGAAGCCUCACUUGAGUCACUUCUCAUAGUCUUAGUCCCAUACACAUACCUACAAGUAGUUGGGACUUGCCCAUGAUACAGAUUCGCAAUGUGCCUGAUUUUAAUUGGUAUGUUUGGAAUGACAACAAUACUAAGAUAUAGACACAGAUUUCUAGACAAUAUCGUGCCCGUACUGGGCGGCCAUGUUUUUUGCCCUGGAAAGUACCAUAACUUGCCAAAUAUAUGUACUUUCCUUGUAACUAUGAUAUUUACAAAGAUUAUGAAUUUAUGACGACUAUGACCUUCUUUUGUUUCA